AUAUAUAAUCUUUCAUUUAAAGUAGGGUUGUUUCCUUGUUUGGCCUGUUUGAGGAGGAAGACAUUUUCAUUCUUCCACUGGCUAUACAUUUUGCAUAUUCAUUAGUUUGUAGCCAAAAAGUGUAAAAACAACAGCUCUCUGUUUGAUUCACAGUCAGCUCAGCUCUUCACUGUAAUCCAGAUCUGAUAACAACUCUCUGAACAGCUCUCCGGACUGGACAGCAAACUGCUUCACAUUUUUUAGGCACAGUCAUGACCUACUACCCAAAGGACACUUUUGCAGAUGGAUCUGUCACAGUGACCCUUCGGUAUAAGCUGAACUUCCAUCAAUGCACAGAGUUUGACACUUGGAGUUGCCUCAGUGGUGACUGUGGGACUGGAACCCACACACUAUAUGUGGUAAAACAGGAGAGCAGUGGAGACUGGUGUCAGAGAGAGGGAAUCAUGACUCGACAGGUUUCCAGCAACACUCCGUUUGAGCUUUGGUUGAAUAGUAAUGCAUGGAUAUCUAACGUCAAUGGCAUUUCAUCAUGGAGAGCUGUGACUCGGGUGGAACUGAGGAACCGCUCCGACACCGGCAAAGCCAACACAUCACCCCAGACCACCAUCCUACCAGUUGUGAGAGUUCCUUCAAACUGUCAGAGAGAUUUCAACCUGUUGAUGUUUGACCCUGAUGGAGACAAAGUUAAAUGCAGAUAUGGAAACUCCUCACUCUCAGAGUGUAACCCCUGCACUCCACCGUCUGUCCUCAGCCUUUCAUCGUCCUCUUGUACUCUGUCAUUCAGCCCCACCAGCAGCAGUAAUGAAGGUUCGUAUGUAGUACAGCUGGUGAUGGAGGACUUCCCCAGACAGACCAUCACUCUGACUCAAACCAACAGGACACAAACAACAAUAACUACCAACGAUGCCAUCAGCAAAAUACCGAUUCAAUUUGCUUUGAAAGUUGAUCCUGCAGUGCCAUCCUGCACAGAAGGACUCUUUCUGCCCAAGUUUCUUCCUCCAACACCAGCCAACGGAGCUCAGCUCUACAACAAUGUCAGUCAGACUCUGGAAAUUAACAUCACUGCACAGGCACUUAACUCCACGAUCUCUGAGCUGCUCUACAGCGGGCCGUACAAUUUAACCAGCAGUACAUCAGGACCAGGACAGUUCACCCUGAGAUGGACACCAUCUGAGAGAGAAGACGGACAAAGCCUCCCCAUCUGUUUUGUUGUCCAGGCAGUUUUCAAUGGAACCAAGUAUCACUCCGAGCUUCGAUGUGUCAUUGUGACUGUUGCAAACGGACCAAUAACAACCACACCAACUACUACACCUACAACAACUACCACCAAUACACCAAAUACUACACCUACAACAACUAUUACACCUACAACAACCACCACCAGUACACCAACUACUACACCUACAACAACUGCUACACCUAUAACAACAACUACCACCAGUACACCAACUACUACACCUACAACAACUACCACCAGUACACCAACUACUACACCUACAACAACUACUACCAGCACUUCAACUACUACACCUACAACAACUACUACACCUACAACAACUACUACUAGUACUUCAAGUAAAACUCUUCCUGCAUCAACUACACCCAGUGAACGAUCUUAUGUUACAGUUCUUAAAUUGAAGAUGACCUCUUUGGUGGACUUGUCUAAAAUUGAUAGAGAUACCUUCCUUUCACAGAUCAAAAAUUUGCUGAUAUCCAAAGGGCUGCCCCAACACAUGAUCGUCCGACUAAUAAGCAGCAAUGCACAGAUUGGUCCAACUGCAGCACCCUCUACUGGCAAAACAUGAACUGGCAGCUUAAGGAGCUUCUUCAUGGCAGCUGUUGAAUGCAGUUCAGUCUUCACUGUUCUUUAACACACAUUUUUAAUAAUUACAAUCACUUCUCAAGAGCAGCUUUUAAAAGCAACAUGUUACCCUGACUCUCCAGUGCUACACAGCAAAUCCAGCAUGUCAAAAUUAACACUGUCAGAUUUGAUUUCAACACUAUUAAAUUGUCUAUAUGGGUCCACACCAGAGAGUGUUAAUUUAACUCUUUUUGGAGAGUUGGUAAGUUAACUCUGAUUUAGUGUUAAACACCAAAUCUAUCUGGAGUUGAUAAUUUAACACUUACUAAUGCUAACUAGGUGUUAAGAGUUUAUAUAUUAACUCUCAAAGAGUAUUUUAGUUUAACUACAUAAGAGUUAUCUUCUAAUUAAUUCUAAAAAGUGGAAAUUCUACUGUUCUGAACUUCUAGAAAUUCCUUUGGAAAUAAACA